AUGUCGAAUAGUGCUUUUGGACCAGUAUUGAGUUCAGGCAUCACUACGCCUAACAUUGGUAGUAUUCCGUCUAUGAAAGAAGAGCAUACCGCCUUAGGUUUAAAAGCUAUUUAUGCAGCUUGUCGAUUGUUGUAUCCUGAUCAACCGACUCCAUUACAAGUAACUGCUGUUCGUAAAUUUUGGAUGGGUGGACCAGAUCCUUUGGAUUUUAUCAAUAUGUAUUCAAAUCCAGGCUCAGUUGAAUUACAAAGUCCAUCACAUUGGCAUUAUGUAACUAAUGGUUUAUCAGAUUUAUAUGGAGAUUCAAGGUUACACAGCCAUUGUAAUUCAACUGAUGGUCCAAGUGGUUUUGGUUUUGAAUUGACAUUUCGAGUAAAACGUGAACCAGGUGAAACAAAUCCACCUACAUGGCCAGCACAUUUAUUACAAAGCUUAGCACGUUAUGUAUUUUAUUCACAAGCUCAAUUAAUGGCUGGUGAUCAUAUUCCAUGGCCUACAUCUCUAGAUAAACAGCCUAAUUCAUCACAACAGUCUGAUAAACGACAACAGAUGAUAGAUAAGCAAGUGAAUUCAGAAGAGUUAGACAAUGCACGUAAAUCUAUUGCUAUGGCAGCUGCUGCUACAGCAGCAUCAAUAUUAGCUGCAAAUAGUGCUAAAACAGGAAUGACGUCAACAUCUGCUGCUUUGUCAGCAUUAACAAAUCCCUCCACUUAUGCAUCAAUGGUUGCAGCUGCUCUUGCUGCCGUGAAUACUAACAACAACAAUUCUUCUUCAUCAACUAACAAUUCCAAUGAUACAGUUGAUCAGUGUUCAGGUAAAGACAAAGUGUCAACAAGUUCACGUAUUCAUCAUAUGUUGUUAAUUGAAGAUCCUCAACUGAAGAAAAUAUCUACACCGUAUGGUUAUGUUCAAUUCCUACAGUUAGUUGGAUUAUGCGAUGAAGAACUGCGGUUAGUUCAACGAUGGACUGGUUCACAUGUUGCAGAACUGAUGAGUUGUUCAAUAGAAACUGGUGGUAGCCUACUUGUAACUGAUAUGAAAAGAAAUUUAAAUCUUUUUGAAUUACAACCAAAUUUAAUUGAUUAUAUAAAUGAGAAAUUAAGACGUGAAGGUUCAAAUUUAUCCGGUGUUACAACAUCCUAUUUUACUUGGUCAUCAAUUACUAUGAUAGGAUUAGGUGAAUUAUUACCAGGUGAAUUAGAAUCUCGUCGAUUACGUCGUCAAACUCAAAAACGUGAUUCAUCAUCAACUAGCUGUUUAUAUUCAUCUAAAACUAGUGGACAGUGUAUAUCUAAAUCUGUUUUAUUUCAUAAUUCAACUGAUUAUAAUACUCAUAAAUCAGAUACUGAAAUUGGAUCAAAAACUGUAGCUAUGGAUACAGAUGAUACAUUAGUUUCAUUUUCAGUGAAAAAACGAAUAGAAGAUGAUGAAUUUAUAGAUAUUGUUGGUAGUGGUGGAGGAGGAGUUGUUGUUGUUGGUGGUGGUGGUGGUGGCGGCGAAAUAUCUCAAAAGUUAACAAAUGAAAAUUAUACUAAUUCUCCAGCUACUGCUAUCUUAACUUCAAUGUCUUCUGAACCGAAUUCAUUGAAGAUUUCACGUUUUGGAUCAAAAUCACGUAUAUCUAUGAGUAAUAGAUUAGGUUCUGGACAUAUAACUUCAGAUUGUUUUGUAAACUCUUUUGGAAAUCGAAAUGUAAUGGAUGGACAAACUAUCAGUGCACCUGGUGGUUUUUCUGCUUGGUGUGGUCGAGUAGGAUCGAUUAACUUCUUCAAUCAAUCACCAGUUGGUCGUCAAGGAAUGAAUAAAACUAAUGGAAAUAGUUCAUCUAUUGGAGGAGUAUUUAAAAGUGUUGUAGUUAAUUCACCUACAGAGCUCACUAAUUCAGUUGGUGGUGCACUUGGUUUUAAAACAUUUAAUUCAGAACCACCAUGUCAAAAUAUUACAGAUAAAUUGAUUGAUAUAACUGAACCUAAAGGUAGUCGUACACCUGGUAGUAGUAGUACGGGUGAUGGUUCAGCACCAUGUACUCCUUUAGCACACUUAUCAUUAUCUCCAGCAAGUUUAGAUAUGAUGCCAACACGAAUUAUUGACUACUUAGAUGUACAUUUAUGUCGUGAAGCUGGUGAAAUGCUUCCAUUAGCUGUUAAUGAUCGAUUACGUCAUGGUAGACAUUUCACUUUUUUAAAUGCAAAUUAUCCUGAUCAUGCUAUUACAUUAGUUCCUUCUGGUGUAUCUGGAGCUUUUGUCAAUGAGGAGACACCUUAUGUUGCUCGUGGACCUUGGCUACAAAUUUUACUGACAGAUGACUUCUUGGAACAAUUGGAGUUUCAGUUCUCUUGUUUACUGUAUCCUGAUGAAUUACGCUUACCAUUGGUGUUUCGUUGGCCUGAAAGACAUUUACGUAUAUGUCUAGUUGAUGUCAAUUCAACAGUAUCAUUGCCAUCAGCAGCAACUGCUGGUGGAAUUAUGCCGGUGACACCUCUUCUUCCUACAUCAUCAACUCUACCUUCUAAUCUCCCGAAUCCUAUGUCUUUAAUGAGUGGUGGUAAUGCCAGUAACAACGCUCGUACUCCAAACACACCUAACCUAUCAAAGCCUGGUUUUGGUAUCAAUUGCAAUUGGAAUAUAUCAAUGCUAGAUAAUAAAUUAAUGUCUGGUAACAAUGGCAACAAUACUACUGCUGGUGGUAGUAAUAGUAGUACUGUACACUCUUCACUUACACAAAAUGCAUUUACAAAAUCUGAUUUAUUCGCUUCAUUGUUAUCAUUAUUCCCACCGGGAUGUAUACCACCACCAAAUGUCCUAUCAUCUUUAUUCAAUGUCUCAGCUGUAUUGAAUUCAAACAACAAUGGCAGUAUCGGAGGUAGAGUCGAUGGUACUAGUACUAGUCAUAAUGAACCAUGUCAAACAGAAUUAUUAAGAAAGUCAUUUUUCCAAACUAAUCAAGUUGUACCGCCAACUCCAUUGCAAGCACCGCCAACAGCCUUACCAGUUCCAUCACAAUUGCAACAGCAACAUUCAUCCUGUUCAACUGAAAUGAAACUUGAUAAUGUGAUGGAUCCAAAUGUCUUUGCCAACAACUGGUCAAUGUUUUUACAAGGACUGAAUAAUAAUAAUAAUAAUAAUAAUAAUAAUAAUAAUAAUAAUGUCAAUCCCGAUUUAUUAAGACAAACAAUCACCGAUGGUCAUCAUAGUAAUACUGCCAAUCCAACUGCUUAUUUCAUGGAGAUAAUGCAGACUCUCCUUCACAGUAGUAGUAGUAGUAGUAAUAAUAAUAACAGUCAUAACAAUGCUACUUGUAUGAAUUCAUUAUCCACUAUGACCUCCUCGUCAACAGCAGCAGGAUCAUCAUCAGCUAGGCAUUUCUAAUCACAUUUCACCUAUUCUCUCAACAUGUUCAUAUUGAAUCCUUUUUAUUCUCUUCAUAUUUGUGGUCAAGCCAAUAACACGUGUGUGUGUGUGUAUGUGUGCAGUAGUUGGAUAAAGAAGCAGCAACGUAGUUGAUGAAAGCUGUCAUAUAUUGUUUACCUUCAUCAUUUCAAUCAUAUCGUCGCAACAUAUUCUCGUUUAUAUCAUGAUUAUUGUUAAAUUGUUUAUUUAUUUAUUAUUUUCAGUAUAAUUAUCACCAUGGUGAAUAGGAACAAUGUAUAUUUAUCAUAUGUUUAACUUAGUUUCGGAAAACGAAAUAGUCUUUGAUAUUUCAAUUAGCUUUCUCUUCGAUGUAAGUCAAGAUAAUGAGAACAAUGAAAAGCGCCAAAAUCAUAUUGAUUUCCCUUGUAUCAGAUAACUGGUUUGUGUGUGUGUGUGUGUGUGUGUGUGUGUGUGUGUGUGUUAGUCUUCUGUUCACAGGAGAUUCUGUCAAGCAAAGAAAAGCGCCAUCCCCCCCCACACACACGUGAUUUAUUUUUGCAUGUUCUUUAGUGUUAUCAUUACCAAGAAGAUAUGUUGGAAAUGCAUACAAUUCAACUUGUAAACGACUUUCCUAGCCUAUAUACCGAAAACCUACCUGAUUGAUCAUUUCAACAGUUACUAGGGUGACCUUUAAAGUUACACAUGAUCAUCCCCGUUGAAUUCUACUCAUGCAUGGAUGCAUUUUUCUGGCUUUUGUUUUAAUUUCUUUGUCAUCUGAUUUCUAUAAAUGAUUUGUGUGUCUACCUUUUUUUUUUGAGGGGGGAGUAGCUAUGUUAUACCUUUCUUUAUGUGUUCGUAUCUUGGUUCUUACUGUGGACAUAGCAAACACAUGUGUGUGUGUGUGUGU